AUGUGCGAGACCCAUGACGAUGGCACAGCACAGAGAUUGGGAAAGAGACACCAUGAACGAAGGCGACCGUUCUGUAUCGGGCGUGCCACCCUGCAGGUCAAGCAAACCAGCAAGCAAGCGAUACACCAUGUUCAGCGGCUUUUUAUAUUGCACUCGGGUCUCCCAGCAAGGAAAGCCUUGGAGAAGCACCAGCUACGCGGCUGCUCUGCCUCGGAGGUGAAACAAGGCCCAUCCCUGGGCCGAAGUCAAACCACUUCCUUCACACCCAGUGCACGGCGAUGGUCGCAACCGAGGGUUCGGAAGGAGCUCUCGGACAGCUUGUACGACCGGCCCGAGACCGAACUUAGCAACUUGCUAAGUUCGGAUUGCGGCCAGGCUAUGCCUGUGUUUGCGAGGCCAAAGCUGCAGCAUUCACGGUCUGAUGCUGUAAGUUCGCAAACGCUCAGUCGGAGAGAAGAAGGAUGCUCAGCUGAUGCGGAUGAUUCGCACCUAACCUGCGGAUGUGGCUUUACCUGCGGGACGCCUUCUGCCAUGGACCGCCAUCAGAAGAGGUGCAGCUUGGAUGUGCGAUCCGCUCCUGCUAGUCCGGCUGCGGUGGACAAGACUGCGUUCGAUGUCCAGCUGAGAAAGAGGUUUGGCAGUGAACGAUCAGCUCCAGUUGUGGAUGAGGCUGCCUGCUCCCGCAAUGUGGACCUUCUGUCUCCUCCAGUGGAGGCCGAAGGCAAGACCAGGAGCUCUUUGAGGUUUCUCCUCGUGCGCCACGGGGAGAGUGCCAACCGGGGCAGCACAAGCAAAUGCCCCGAUCCUGCGCUGUCUACUAAAGGCCAGCGGCAAGCGGAGGCAUUGGCUGACCGUUUGACUGGCGAGAUGCAGAAGGUGGCGGCUGCUGGUGACUUGCAAAUCUGGUGUAGUCCCAUGCUGCGAUGCUUGCAGACCAUCAAGCCGACGAUGGACGUGUUGGACUUGCCGAAAAGCAAAUGCAUCUGCCAUGGCUUCGCAGCGGCAUUCGGACAUUCGUUCCUGUAG